GAGUAGAGGCGGGAUGUUUACACUGUUAGCCAAAUAAAAUACAUUGGUUGUGCCACUUAGAGUAGUCAUAUUCUAGUCACACCUUUUACAGACUGUAAAGACAGAUGUUCCAUCUGAUCGCAGAAUUUAUUUCUGUGCCCAUCAAUUCCUCAGCCGGCUGUAAGAAGAUCCUUCAUCUCCUCUUGACUUGGUGACCUGCUGUCCUACCAUGGCUGAGAAGCUAGCUUCCUUUGGUAAGAUGCUGCUCAGGCGGCGAGCGCUGGACUGUAACCAGGAAGAGAGCCACUUCGCCCGCUGCCUGAGCACACUGGACCUGAUAGCCCUGGGGGUGGGCUCCACUCUGGGGGCCGGCGUCUAUUUGCUGGCUGGAGAGGUGGCCAGGGAGAAGGCCGGCCCAGCCAUUGUGAUCUGCUUCCUCAUCGCAGCGCUCUCCUCCGUCCUUGCUGGUCUGUGUUAUGCUGAGUUUGGUGCCCGUGUGCCAAAGACUGGUUCAGCCUACAUGUACAGCUAUGUGACAGUGGGGGAGAUCUGGGCCUUCAUCACUGGUUGGAACCUCAUCCUCUCCUAUGUCAUAGGCACAGCCAGUGUUUCUCGGGCCUGGAGCUCCACCUUUGACAACCUGGUUGAACAGAAGAUCUCAAACUUCUUCAGAGCCUCCAUGUCCAUCAAGGUCCCUGGGAAGAUUCUGGCUGAAUACCCAGACCUCUUCGCCCUCAUCCUGAUCUUGCUGCUCACUGGCCUGCUGGCGUUUGGCGUGAGUGAGUCGGCCCUGGUGAACAAGAUCUUCACGGGGGUCAACCUGGUGGUGCUGGGCUUCGUCAUCAUCUCAGGACUGGUGAAGGGAGACCGUACUAACUGGAACCUCACUGUCGAGUACUUUGUCAACACAUCCAACAUCACUGAUACAGAGAUUAUUAAAGAGAAGUUUGGCAAUGGGGGUUUUGCUCCAUUCGGCUUCAGUGGAGUCCUUUCUGGUGCAGCAACUUGCUUCUAUGCCUUUGUGGGUUUCGACUGCAUCGCAACCACAAGUGAAGAGGCCAAGAACCCCAUGCGUUCCAUCCCCAUCGGUAUCGUGGCUUCUCUGCUCAUCUGUUUCUUUGCCUACUUCGGGGUGUCUGCAGCCCUCACUCUCAUGAUGCCCUACUACCUGCUGAACAAAGAGAGCCCGCUGCCAGAGGCCUUCAAGUAUGUGCACUGGGACCCUGCCCGCUACAUCGUGGCUGUGGGCUCCCUCUGUGCACUCUCCACCAGUUUACUGGGCUCAAUGUUCCCCAUGCCCCGUGUAAUCUAUGCCAUGGCUGAGGACGGCCUGCUUUUCCGUUUCCUCUCAAAGAUGAACAUCAAAACCAAGACCCCCCUGUUAGCCACCAUCGUGUCGGGUAUUGUAGCAGCCCUGAUGGCAUUCCUGUUUGAUCUGGCAGCCCUGGUGGACCUGAUGUCGAUAGGAACUCUCCUGGCAUACACACUAGUGGCUGUGUGCGUGCUUAUCCUCAGGUACCAACCGGGCACCCUGGGUGUCAGUGGUGCCAGUGAGAAGCUGGUGGAGCUGGUGGGUCUGCAGAGGGCAGCCAUGGCAGAGGGGGACAGUGGGGAUGAGUUUGGCCAGGAGAGUGAGGGGGAGACCAGGCCCCUCAGGGAGCGGUUCAUCCUCAAGAUGCUGCUGGUGCCCAGCUGUGACGUCCCAACCAAGACCUCCGGGCUCAUCGUCUACAUCACUACCGCUGUCAUCUCUGUGGUGUUCACCCUGCUGUGCAUAGUGCUGUCUGUGUGUGGGGUAGAGGUGGUGAGUGGCCACCCAGUGUGGGUCACCAUAUGUGCGAUACUGGCCUUCCUCUCCUUCCUGUGUGUGGUCAUCAUAUGGAGACAGCCCCCGAGCAGACAGUCACUCACCUUUAAGGUACCCCUACUCCCAGUGUUGCCAUUGGUCAGUAUCUUUGUCAACAUUUACCUCAUGAUGCAGCUGGAUGGGCCAACGUGGUGUCGCUUUGCAGUGUGGAUGACUAUUGGUUUUAUCAUCUACUUUGGUUACGGGAUUAAGAACAGCUCAGAGGCCACACCCAACCGCGGUAAAUUUGAGCCAGUCCUCCGAUCAAAGAGCCCCAACUUCCUGGCAGAGGAUGACAAUGAGGUGGAAGGAAGGAUGCCUUAGAGGAGAAUAGUGGUAGAGUAGAUGGUAUUUGCCCCAACGACAUAUGACGCAAGCCUUGAACAGGAGCACAUUCUUAUCUGUUUGUUUUUUAACUGUCUGGGAAUUGUGCCACAAUAGACACUUAACUUUCUGUCUUAUUCUUCUUCUGAAAUGGAUUAAAUUAAUGUUUUCCCUCAUCAAUCUACACACUAAUGAAAAAGGCAAAAACAUUUUUUUUGAAAUGUUUAGCAAAUUUAUAAAAAAUAAAAAAAAGACCUUAUUUACCCUUUGCUAUGAGACUCGGAAUUGAGCUCAGGUGCAUCCUUUUUCCAUUGAUCAUCGUUGAGAUGUUUCUACAACUUGAUUGGAGUCUACCUGUGGUAAAUUCAAUUGAUUGGACAUUAUUUGGAAAAGCACACACCUGUCUAUAUAAGGUCCCACAGUUGACUGUGUGGAAGAAGUUUGGAACCACUUAGGCUCUUUCCUAGAUCUGGCCAAACUGAGCAAUCGGGGGAGAAGGGCCUUGAUCGGGGAGGUGACCAAGAACCCGAUGAUCACUCUGACAGAGCUCCAGAGUUCCUCCGUGGAGAUGGGAGAACCUUCCAGAAGGACAACCAUCUCUGCAGCACUCCACCAAUCAGGCCUUUAUGGUAGAAUGGCCAGAUGGAAGCCAAUCUUCAGUAAAAGGCACCUAAAGGACUCUCAGACCAUGAGAAACAAGAUUCUCUGGUCUGAUGAAUCCAAGAUUUAACUCUUUGGCCUGAAUGCCAAGCGUCACAUCUGGAGGAAACCUGGCACCAUCCCUACGGUGGAGCAUUGUGGUGGCAGCAUCAUGCUGUGAAGAUGUUUUUCAGCAGCAGGGACUGGGAGACUAGUCAGGAUUGAGGGAAAGAUGAAGGGAGAAAAGUACAGGGAGAUCCUUGACGAAAACCUGCUCCAGAGCGCUCAGAACUUCAGACUGGGUCGAAGGUUCACCUUCCAAGAGAACAACGACCCUAAGCACACAGUCAAGACAACGCUGGAGUCGCUUCGGGACAAGUCUCUGAAUGUCCUUGAGUGGCUAAGCCAGAGCCCGGACUUGAACCUGAUCGAACAUCUCUGGAGAGAUCAGAAAAUAGCUGUGCAGCGACACUCUCCAUCCAACCUGACACAACUUGAGAGAAUCUGCAGAGAAGAAUGGGAGAAACUCUCCAAAUACAGGUGUGCCAAGCUUAUAGUGUCAUACCCAAGAAGACGCAAAGCUGUAAUCGCUGACAAAGGUGCUUCAACAAAGUACUGAUUAAAGGGCCUGAAUCCUUAUGUAAAUGUGAUAAUUAUUUUAAAUUUUAGGGAAAAAAAGAGAAAAUUUAACCUGUUUUUGCUUUGUCAUUAUGUGGUAUUGAGGGGAUAAUUUAUUUUAAAUCCAUUUUAGAAUAAGGAUGUAACAAUGUGGAGAAGGUCAAGGGGUCCGAAUACUAUCCGAAUGCACUGUAUAUACUCUGUCAACAUGAACUUGCCACAUUUCUGCAUAUCUAAAUGUUGAAAGGGUUCUUUGUAUCAAUGAUGAUGUCAUUUAGGUGGUUACAAAUGGUAAGGAUACAGAGUUUCUCCACUUUAACAUGUUAUUCUAGUGCCUGGUUGUUUCUGCUUCAAUUCAGCCAUUUUCCCCCAAAUGACAUCUGAUCUCUAGUGUCUUUGCCCUGUGAGUCAGUAAGCACAUCAACAGUGUACGUGGUGUUGCGUGUCCUUCUGUCCAUGUAGGUCAAUCACUAUGGUUUUAUUUGUGUUCUUUGAGGACAGGCAAUACCAAGCAGAAUGUCAAACAACCCCAGAACUCACUGUCUGCACUAUAGAGAGAUGAUUGACAAUUAAAUUAAAUUGUCAGAAUUGACAGUCCUUACCCAAAAGUUCAAAUUUUGAAUAUUCUUUUAAACAAUCAUUUAUAUAAUUUUGUUUAAAUAUUUAUACAGAAACAUGCAUGUAUAUUUUUGUUAGAGACAUAUAUAUAUAUUUAUGUAUGUUCAAAUGUUUUUUAUUUUUAAGAGCUGCCCAAAUAAUUAUUCGGUUUAAAAUUAUGCUCUCAAAGGCUAAAAGGUAGAGAUUGUGUUAUGAGAGAAAUAACUUAUUUUUGUACCAUGAUGAUAUACAAACUCUACCAAAUGGAGAGAGAUGUCUGUAGGAAGGUACACUGGGGAGGGGGGGGGGAUUGUAUAUUCAGCCCAAAACUGACACUGGUGAAAGGCAGAGAAGGGAUUCCAAUACAUGAACCUAGUAUAAUUUCUAGAGUUGCAUUAAAAGGCUUUCAGGUUACAUUUCUGUUCGAAGGUCUUAGGCUUGUGGUACAUGUUACCCACUUGACUGGUUCCCAUGUAUAAUUGUGUCAUUGAAAGAGGGGCCUGGGUUUUAAUCGCUAACUCUGAGUGUCUAACUGAAUGUAGUAAUAACUUGAACUGAAAAGCCCACCAGCCUCCGUCAAGUUUUGUUUAUAGAAACUUUGUGUGGUGUUUGUUUACAUCAACUUUUUGCUGUUUAACUAUGUGCCUCAGUCUACAUUUCAGUUGCUCACUUCAAGGGUAUGAAACUGUCAUUUGUAUUCUAUGCCUGUUUGAUGUGGAAAUUGUCUCCACAGAUUAUCAAUUACAAUUGAUAUCCGCUAUUAUUGGUAUCAAAUGAAGAUUUUAAGGUCAAGACAGUCCGGUCUUAUUGAAAAAUGGGCUAGAAAACAACCUACAAAUAGCUGUGAGUGAAAGUGGGGAUAUUUUCAGACUGUCAUUGUUUCUAAAAAACAACUUUGAAAGGAGAGGUUAUGAUUAGAGGUUAUUCAUUAACAAUGAAUAGCGUUUGUGCUUGACUUUCUCCAUUCUCUCUGUUUUGAGCAUUUACAAUGUUAUUUUGUCAGUUGAACUGUUUACUUUCAAGUACAUGUGUAUAGCAGUUUACUAAUCCCUUUCAAUUCGUAAAAUAUAAACUGGGUGGUUGGAGCCCUGAAUGCUGAUUGGCUGAAACUCAUGGUAUAUCAGACUGUAUACCAUGGGUAUGACGCAACUGCUCUAAUUACGUUGGUAACCAGUUUAUAAUAGCAAUAAGGCACCUCGGGUGGUUGUGCUAUAUUGACAAUAUAGUGUAACGACCCUGGGUUUAUACGCGCGGAAAUCGACUCUGCCGCAUGAGCAUGCUUUUGCGAUACGAUAGCGCGCCGGACCUCGGGCUCGAAGGUCGAGGGUUCAAUACCUGCUCCUUGCUGUUUGUGCUUGGCCGGUGAGCGCGUUCCUGUAAGACGUAGAGUCACAAGUUAGCGCGAGGACGCGCUCUUUGAAAGGAGGGAGUAAGCGCGGAAAUCGACUGUGCCACACGAGCAUGCUUCUGCGGCAGAGUCGAUAGUGCGCCGGACCUCGGGCUAGAAGGUCGAGGUUUCGAGGCCAGCUCCCUACCAUGGCUAGCUAAGUGGUGAAUCUGCGUCUUAUCCUGGUCAGUGGGAAGACACAAGACUUCAUCUUCUCCCCCAACGACUCAGCCAUGGACAUCGCCAAGCAUGUCUUUGAUAACUGGCCCUUGGGAUGGGAGGAGGAGCAGGUGGGCAGUGCCAGCAUCCUGCGCCUCAUCUUCCAGGGACGCUUCCUGCAUGGCAGCGUCACACUUGGCGCUUUAAAGCUGCCCCCUGGCCGAACAACUGUCAUGCACUUGGUUGCCAGAGAGACCCUGCCAGAACCUAACUCCCAUGGUCAGCGUAACCGGGAGAAGAUCACAGAGAGCAACUGCUGUCUGCUCUUGUAAAAACAACAAACAACAAUCCUUUCACUCCCCUCCCCCACAUUCAUCCUAUGCUCGGCUUCUGUCUGCCCGUCAACCCUGGAUUUGGGGAGAUCACAGGAAGAUGGGUCA